AUUUUCUUUAUGGUUUUUUCUAGCCUGCCGGGAAACUUCACGGUUGACUUGACUUCAACCGAUUGGAGCACUAGUCAAUCUUCUUCCAUUCCACUGUGACAUUAAACCAAUUGACUGACAUCCCAUAAACCUUAAAAGAAUUAAAACUUCCAAGUUUUUCAUCAGAAGCUGAGUAAAUGGAUUUCUUUCUGGAAGAAACCACCGGUAUGCCAUCCAGCUUCCCAGGCAAUCAUCUGCUAAUUUUCCAUGGUAUCUCUGCUUUAUCCCACCUCUGUUUCUUGCUUGGCCUAUCUGUUGUGUGGUAUUUGGGGCAUUUUAUGAGUAGCAGAGAUUCUGAGAGGCAGUUGGAGGCCAGUGGAUUCUUGUUCUAUAGAUUAAGCAUUUUCACUUCUAUGAGCUUGGGUUUGCUUCAUCUGCCUUUGAGUGUUUUAAUAUACUUAUGGUAUCGGCAUGAUUACAUACUUUUCACCAUCGAAGCGAGUUUGACAAUCAGAUCACUUGCAUGGUUUGCUGCAACUGCCUACUUACUCGUUGAAUUUGGUAUCUCAAAUGAGGAACGCUUUCCAACCUUCCUUAGGAUUUGGUGGGGUCUCUUCUUACCAAUGUCGUGUUCUUGUCUUGUGGUAGACAUGCUUUAUUUGAAGAGGCAUGAAGCCAUAAGGGCUUAUCAAUUGGUUUUUGAUUCUAGUUCAAUUAUUGCUGGAUUGAUCCUUAAUUAUUCUGGAUUCUUUGGUCAGAGGGUUUGGAGGACCAAUCAUGGGGAACCUCUUUUGGAUGGAAGUAAUAGAAAUAGAUCAUCCACUGAGAUUGGUUCUGGCCAUUCUGCCAACUCACUAUUCGAAAAUGCUAGUAUACUAAGCAUUCUUUCUUUCUCUUGGAUUGGCCCUUUGCUUUCUGUUGGUCAUAAGAAGACAUUAGAGCUUAAUGACAUUCCACAAUUGGCUAGUAAUGACAGUGUCCAUACUGUUUUCCCAAUUUUCAAAAGCAUCCUUCAGUCUUAUGCUCGUGCCACUGCACAUUGCAGAAUUACCUCAUUCAUGUUGGUUAAAGCAUUAAUCUUAACAGUUUGGGCCCAAUACUUAUUGGUAAUAUUCUAUGCACUUUUAUCUUCUGUGGCUUCAUUCGUCGGUCCCUAUCUACUAGAUUACCUUGUUAGAUAUCUUAGUAGUGAUCACAAAUUGGCAAAUCAAGGCUACAUUAUGGUUAUGACAUUCAUUAUGUCGAAGAUCGUUGAGAGUCUUUGUGAUAGGCAUUUCUAUUUCAGAAUACUACAAAUGAGAAUCAGGGUCAGGAGCUCCCUUGUAGCUUUGAUCUACCAAAAGGGUCUUAUGCUUUCCAGUCACUCAAGACAGAGCGUUACUAGUGGGGAAAUCUUAACCUACAUGAGUACUGAUGCUUCAAGGGUCGGUGAUCUUAGUUGGUUCAUUCUAGAUCUGUUGUCAGUGCCAGUGCAAAUUUUUCUAUCAUUGUUAAUUUUGUAUCCUAGAAUUGGCGGUGCUUCACUAGUUUCCUUAAUGGCCACCUUCUUGGUAAUGUUACUUAAUAUUCCCUUAACUAAGUGCGAACAGAAUUACACAGAAAAGCUUAUGAAAUCGAAAGAUAAUAGAAUAAAAGCCACUACGGAGAUCUUAAAGAAUAUGAGGAUUCUAAAACUUCAAGCUUGGGAAAUGAAGUUCUUAUCCAAAGUAAUGGAGCUGAGGAAAACUGAAACUAAAUGGUUAUGGAAAUAUGCGUGCACAUCCGCUGCUGCAACAUUUCUCUUCUCCUGCUCAUCCAUUUUUGUUGCAGUGGUGGCAUUUGGGACUUGCAUGCUUAUGGGAAUACCACUGGAGACAGGAAAAGUACUAUCGGCACUAGCAACAUUUAGAUUGCUGCAAGACCCCAUUUUUUCACUUCCAGAUGUCAUUUCAGGGCUAGUUCAGACCAAAGUUUCUGCCGACAGAAUAUCAACAUUUCUCAAUCUCGAGGACUUGCAGCACGUCGUGCAGAAACUACCAAGAGAUAGUUGUGAACUUUCUAUCGAAGUUAGUAAUGGAAACUUCGCCUGGGAUCCGUCCUCUCAAAAUCUUACUCUCAAAGAGGUAAAUUUGCAAGUGCUGAAAGGAAGGAAAGUUGCAGUUUGCGGUAGUGUCGGUUCUGGUAAGACCAGCUUACUCCAUUGCAUAUUAGGAGAGGUACCAAAAAUUUCUGGAGAUGUUAAGUUGUAUGGAACGACGUCUUAUGUUUCUCAAUCACCCUGGAUACUGAGCGGUAGCAUUCAGGACAACAUACUAUUCGGCAAGCAAAUGGAUAAUGUCAUUAAGUAUGAAAGAGUGCUGGAAGCAUGUUCUCUGAAGAAGGAUUUGGAAAUCAUGCCUUUGGGUGAUCAAACCAUCAUAGGAGAGAGAGGCAUCAAUUUGAGCGGAGGACAGAAACAGCGGGUCCAAAUUGCGCGCGCAUUAUACCAUGAGGCUGACAUAUAUCUGUUUGACGACCCAUUCAGUGCCGUUGAUGCUCACACUGCAUCCCAUCUCUUCAAGGAAUGUUUGCUUGGACUCUUAUCUUCAAAAACAGUGGUCUAUGUCACUCACCAGGUGGAGUUUUUGCCUUCAGCUGACCUUAUUUUGGUCAUAAGAGAUGGAAGAGUUGCAGAAGCAGGCACAUACACUGAGUUAGUUGACUCAGGGACAGAGUUCAUGCAACUUGUUAAUGCUCAUAACCAUGCACUGGUGUCAAAUGACUUGCUUGAUCUUGAUCCUCAGGCUUCCAGUAACUCUACUCAAGUUGGUCAUUCAGAUUCUAUGGUCCCUAAAGAGAAGGAAUCAGUAUGUGAAGAGACCAAUAGUACGUCCAAUGAAGAUAGUAAGAAGGGACAACUUGUCCAAGAAGAAGAGAGGGAGAAAGGGAAAGUCGGGUUUCAGGUCUAUUGGAGGUAUAUUACGAUGGCAUAUAAGGGAACUCUUGUUCCAUUCAUAAUAUUGUCCCUAAUUUUCUAUCAAGUCCUUGAGAUUUGUGGCAAUUACUGGAUGGCUUUGGAAGUUCCUCUAUCAGACGACACAGAGCCUCGUGUCAGUGGCUCGACACUUAUAUCUGUUUAUGUAGCAUUAGCAGUUGGGAGCUCUGCUUGUAUCCUUGUGAGAACUAUGCUCACUAUGACUGCUGGAUUGAAGACAGCAACACUGCUAUUUAAUAGCAUGCAUACAUGCAUUUUUCGUGCACCCAUCUCGUUCUUUGAUUCCACCCCAACUGGGCGUAUACUGAGUAGAGUAUCAUCUGAACAAGGUGGAGUAGAUAUACAAAUACCUUUUCUAUUUUCAUCAUUUGCAUUCCUAAUCAUACGAUGCCUGGGGACUAUUACAGUUAUGUCACAGGUUGCAUGGCCUGUUUUCAUCGUCUUUAUACCUGUGUUUUUUACCAGCUUUUGGUAUCAGCAAUACUACAUAUCCACUUCUAGAGAACUAUCAAGGUUGCUUGGGGUAUGUAGGGCUCCUGUAAUCCAGCAUUUUGCAGAAUCACUGUCAGGAUCAGUGUCAGUUCGGAGCUUUGACCAAGAAAAUGAGUUUGUUAACACUAACUAUAACCUGUCAAAUGAUUUCUCUCGAAUACAGUUCCAUAUUGCAGGGGCAAUGGAAUGGCUUUCUUUUCGUCUUGAUAUUCUGUCGAUACUUACAUUUGCCUUUUCUCUGAUAUUUCUAAUCUGCAUGCCAUAUGGCAUAAUAAAUCCUGGUAUUGCUGGUCUUGCAGUGACAUAUGGGCUUAAGUUCGAUGGCAUACAAACUUCAUUUAUCUGGAUUCUCUGUAAUCUCGAGAAUAAAAUUAUCUCUGUGGAAAGAAUUCUACAGUAUAGUAGCAUUCCAAGUGAGCCACCUCUGAUAGUAGAAGAUAACAGACCUGAUCAUAGCUGGCCAUCAAAGGGUGAAAUAGACAUUGUCAAUAUACAGGUACUUUUUUCUGAGCAUAUACUUAUCAUUCUGAUAAGGUCCAAAAUUGGAAUGAUGUUUAUAUCUUUGCAGGUUCGCUAUGGCCUCACCAUGCCUUUUAUCUUAAGGGGACUCACUUGCACUUUUCCUGGAGGAAAGAAGACUGGAAUUGUUGGCAGAACAGGAAGUGGCAAAUCCACCCUUAUUCAGACUAUAUUUCGCAUCAUUGAUCCUGCUGUUGGUCAUAUUUUUAUUGAUGGCACUGAUAUUUCAACGAUUGGGCUGCAUGACCUCAGGUCCCGAUUAGGCAUUAUCCCACAAGAACCAAUUAUGUUCCAAGGAACUCUGCGCAACAAUUUAGACCCGCUCGAUGAACACACCGACGAAGAGAUAUGGGAGACACUGGAUUGCUGUCAACUUGGAGAAGAGAUAAGAAAAAAAGAACUGAAGCUGGACUCUGGAGUGGCAGAAAAUGGUGAGAACUGGAGUGUUGGACAGCGCCAGCUUGUGUGUUUAGGUAGGGUGAUUUUGAAAAAAAGCAAGAUACUGGUUCUUGAUGAAGCAACUGCCUCAGUGGAUACUUCUACAGACAUUAUAAUUCAGAAUACCUUGAGGCAGCAGUUCUCUGAGUCAACUGUUAUUACCGUAGCCCACCGGAUAACUUCUGUUAUUGGUAGUGAUCUUGUCUUGGUACUUGAGAAUGGAGUUAUAGUUGAACUUGGCAGUCCUAAAAAUUUAUUGGCGAACAAGUCGUCCUUAUUUGCGAAGCUUGUAUCUGAAUACACUACGAGAUUUUAUGAUGCAUCUAAAUAAUGUGGUCAUGAAGUUUCUUUCUCAAGGGUUUAAAUCAAUGCUAAGAGGCAAACCAUCUUCAAAUUCAGUGAUUUGAAUAAUCCAUGGAACAGGAGGAAUCAUCAGUAGCUGAUUAGAUUUGAAUAAUAUUUGACUGUAUAUGAAUGAUGGUCCUGUAGAAUCUUUUUAUUUGUCUAUCUGGUACGAGUUCAAGACAUACAAACAUAUGCUCAAAAGAUUUAUUGAAUGCAUAUCCUGCUACAAUGUUAUUUAAAAAAUAUGCAACUCAAAGCUUAUAAUGUUAUUGAUAGAGGUGAUUUAUUACUGAAAUAAGUAUUCCCAAUGUUG